UGACCACCGUGUUCGACAUCAUGGAGCUGGAGGACGAGGAUCGCAACAAACUGCUGCAGCUGGACGACAAGCAGAUGGCCGACGUGGCCCGCUUCUGCAACAGGUACCCCAACAUCGAGCUGACAUACGAGGUGGCCGACAAGGAGCGGCUGCGCUCCGGCCACCCGGUCCACCUGGUGGUCAGCCUGGAGCGCGAGGACGACGUGGUCGGCCCGGUCAUCGCGCCCUUCUUCCCGCAGCGACGCGACGAGGGCUGGUGGCUGGUGGUCGGCGACCCCAAGACCAACUCGCUUAUCUCGAUCAAGCGGCUGACGUUGCAGCAGAAGGCCAAGGUGAAGCUGGACUUCGUGGCGCCGUCGCCAGGCAAGCACACAUACGUGCUGUACUUCAUGUCAGACUCGUACAUGGGCUGCGACCAGGAGUACAAGUUCUCGCUGCAAGUGGGCGAGGCGGACAGCGACAGCGGCAGUGGCAGCGGCAGCGACUGAGCUGCAGCGGCAGCGGACGGUCUGCCGUGCCGCACACCGCUAGUGGCCCGUGUGCGGAGGCGGCGGUGCCGAGCUGUGAGCGGACUAGUGCGUGGCCGUGUCUCCGUUUCUGUAUGCGCGGUGGCGAAGCCCCGGCUG